AUGCUGGCAGUUGCUUCUUUGUCUGACUUUAGUGCUUCAGUUGGUAUGCUGUCAGGUCCUACUUCUUUCCCACUCUUCAUUUGUCUGAUGUCCAUUCUGAUUCCUUUGAUCGUUGUUGGACUCUUGUCUUUGGGAAUAUAUUUGUAUGCUGUUUUGAUUCAUGGUAAAUUCACUGGGACUGGUCUAUUCAAGAGUUCCUCAAAGUGUUCUACCCAUCUGCUUUUGGUCUCGGUGGUUGGUUUGCAUUCUUUGUCCUUAACCGGUUUCUCUGGUUUACAAUAUUUUCCUGCUAGUUUCUUCGUUGCAUCAUAA